AUGCCUCUCAACGUCUCUCCACUGAUUUCUGCUACAAAUGUUAGAGCUCCAAUGCCCCUCAACGUCUCUCCACUAAUUUCGGCAAUAUUCUGUGGUUUGUUGCUAAUACUUAUGAUGUAUGGGGUCCCUAACAUGAAGACUGACAAAGUUGAUGUUGUCCAAAGGAGGGUUAACCUUAUGGAAAAGGAAGGUGUGAAUUUUGUGGUCUAUGUUAAUGUAGGAAAAGAUCCUUUUUACUCAUUGGAUCGGCUUCGCCAGGAGAAUGAUGCUAUUGUUUUGGCGGACCUCCCUGUUCCUGGGCGCGAACUCACUGGAGUCCAUUUUGAUAUGGAGUUUCUUCACGCCAAUACUAAAAGCUUGCUUGAUAGCAAUCAUCAGGACGGUAAAUACAUCUCUGCAAAGGGCAAGAAGGUAGUGGUAAUUGGUGGAGGUGACACCGGCACAGAUUGUAUUGGGACAUCUAUCCGUCACAGUUGCAGUAGUAUUGUUAAUUUAGAGCUUCUCCCUGAGCCGCCACGAACCAGGGCUCCUGGCAACCCUUGGCCACAGUGGCCUCGCAUAUUCCGCAUAGAUUAUGGACACCAGGAAGCUGCUGCCAAAUUUGGCAAAGACCCAAAGUCCUAUGAGGUAUUGACUAAGCGGUUUGUUGGAGAUGAGAAUGGGGUUGUGAAAGGAUUGGAAGUGGUCCAUGUCCACUGGGAGAAGGAUGCUAGGGGGAAGUUUCAAUUUAAGGAAGUUGAGGGCUCUGAGGAGAUGAUUGAGGCUGAUCUAGUUCUUUUAGCAAUGGGUUUCCUUGGUCCUGAAUCGGUUAGUAUUCUGAACUACUAUCAUAUAAUGGAUGAUAUCUCUGGGGUGAACUACUUUGAAACUCGAAAAGCUACGGGAUGGCUUGAAGAUUUGCUGUCAAAUUUCUGCACUCUAAAAUAUUGA